UUGGUUUGAUUUGUACAGUGAGUAAGUAAGUAUAGCUGAAGCUUGUGUACAAUGCCUGUCCAAAGUGUGCCUGUUCGGGAUGCAUCCGUUCAUUUCAGUCUUCUUCAGCAGUAUCUCAUGCUCCUCAAGAAGUAUCCCAUACUCACAAAAUCUGUAACGAGUGCCAUCCUAUCAGCAUUAGGAAAUCUUUUAUCGCAAGUUUUGGAGGCAAAAAAAAAGGCCAAACAGGGAGCAGCAGCCAAAGAGAUUGACAGAGGUGGGGCAGCCCGCUAUGCCAUAUUUGGGGGAAAACCAGAGCUCCCAGCCUGAGGAAAUGGAAACUAACCACCAACAGUACCUUUACCUGCUCAGGAAUCAAACUCAUACUGAACUCAUUUUUAUUUUUAUUCAUUUUAGGUUGCUCUUCACUGGGCCUCUGAGCCAUUACUUUUACCAGCUGAUGGAGGUCUGGAUGCCCACCACUGACCGUUACUGCCUUGUCAAGCGUCUGCUCUUGGAUAGACUGUUUUUUGCCCCUGCCUUCCUUCUUCUCUUCUACUUUGUUAUAACUGUCCUAGAGGCUAGAGGGUGGAGUGACUUUGAGAGAAAAAUGAAAAGUAGUUACUGGACUGCUUUAAAAAUGAACUGGAAAGUCUGGACUCCCUUUCAGUUUGUGAACGUCAACUUUGUGCCUGUGCAGUUCAGGGUGCUGUUUGCCAACGUCAUUGCCUUCUUUUGGUAUGCCUAUCUUGCAUCAGUUAGGAAAUGAAGCCAUCACUGUCAACAACACCACACCACACACUUUUCUAAUUUUAAUAAAAUGUGUACCUGAA